AUGACAAUUCAAAUAUUCCUUAUAUUAAUAAAGUUUGUUUCAGGAGUUGAUAACUUUUACUUAUGUGAAGUUAAGACUACUGGUGAAAUAAAUUAGAAAGGAGAUUACCAAUUUAAAAUAAAUAGAUAAGGGGAUUCAUUAACACAUCCAAUUAAUUUAUACACAAAUUAUUACAUUCAAAUUGAUUUUCCUUGGAACAUCAAUAGCGAUUAUACAUGUUAUAAUGAAUAAGCUGUGUUAAUAAGUUGUAGUUAUGUUUCAAAUACAAGAAUUAUUGUGAACAAUUACUUUGUCAAAGAUUACACAAAUUUAGAUUAUGAUAAUACAGAAGGAUUUACAUUUAUAAUUGAAUUAAAAUCUAUUUUAAAUCCAGCUUAUAGUGGGAAAUACGAUAGUCCCAUUUAGAUAUCAAUUAUGAGUUCUAGUAAUACAUUAUUAGAAUAGUGUCCAGAUGGAGGAGCUCAACCAACUGUAAAUCCAGGAGUUGGAACAUGUUCAGGAGAUGGAUAAUAAUUUAAAGUAAAUAGCUAAAAUACAGAUAUUUCAUUGUAAAUGUUUGUAAAGAACAUUUUAAUUGUAGAAGUAAAUUAUUAAAUUAAAAUAGAGUUAUUUGAUUGUAAAGUAUACUCGUAAUUGGUAGAUUGAUAAGAUUACAAAAGAAAUGAUUCCAGGGUCAAUUACAUGUUAACUCUAUGCAAAUAAUAUAUUUAUUUCAGGUACUACAUGUACAAAGGAUGCUACUAAUUUAUAAAUAAAGUCAACUUUAGGAACUGGAUUUAAUGGAUAAAAUGUAUGAUAUGUAUUAUAUUAGAUUACUCUAGUGAUUAAUGGAGUCAAUUCCCCAUCAUCAACAACUCCUGAUGGAAGUUUCAUUUUAUAAACUUAUAAUUCAAAUAAUAAAUUGAUUGAUGAAUGUUCAUUAUCAACAAUAAGUGGAUGGGUACCAAAUGUUGUAGUACUUAGUAGUAUGACAUGGACAAAUGUAGUUAACUAAGUAGAAAGAUUAAAUGUGUAAUUUCAAUUAAAUAGUUAAAUAUUAAUAGGAGAUACUAUUUAGAUUACUAUUCCAAAAGAAUUAAAAAUUAGUUCAACUAUUUUAACUCAAAUAAGAGAUUCAAGAAGUUAUUUCUUUAUUUCUCCAAUUAACUCAGCCUCAUUUACAAUAACUGAUCAAUUAGUUACAAUAACAUCAAGCAAGGCUUUUUCUUCAACUCUUACAAAUAUUUUAUUAACAUUUGUUAAUGUAAUUGCUCCUCCUUCAAUUAAACCAUCAUCAACAGUUGCUAUUAGUACUUAUAGAGGUUCUUAUAUUAUUGAUAAGAGUAUAUCAAGCUUAACUAUAACAGCAUCAAAUGGUGUAAUAAAUUCAGUUUCAAUAAUUGCUUUGAAUAAAGUAAUUAAUUAAUUAUCUGACUAUGAUUUUGUAAUAGUUUUAACAAAUCCUUUAUCUUCAGAUGGAUAUUUAAUUAUCUAAUUUCCAAAUUAAUUUGAUUUAACUUAAAUAACUAAAAUACAAAACUAUUAAAUAAACUCAUAAACUUAUGGUGCUUAAUAUAGUGUUUCUAGUUAAAGACUAAUAAUUUCAUCAUUAUAUUCAUCUGAUAUUGCUGCUUCUGCAUAAAUCAAAUUUUAAAUAUCUUAAAUUAAAAAUUAGUUUAGUGCUAAUAUAAGUAAUUCAUUUACAGUAUAAUCUUAUUAUUCAAAAAGUACUGAAGACUUUUUAGUGGAUUAACAUACAACAUUUUAAAUGAGUUCAUUUAUAUCAGGAUCUUUGGAUAGUAAUUCAAUUUCAAUAAAAGUAGAUAAUUAUAUUACUGGAUCAUUAGAUAAUUAUGAAUUAAGUUUAAUUAAUACAAAUACAAUUACUGCACUUGGAUAUAUAAUUGUAAAUUUUAUAUCUGAUUUUACAAUGAGUGGUAAUCCUACUAGUUGUUCAAUAAAUGGAAUUAGUAGUACUUGUACAUCAACUACUACUAAUACUAUUAAAAUUAUUACAUCAACAAGUAUUAUUAGUAAUACUAAUAUUAAAGUAAAAAUUAAUUCUUUCAUUACAAAUCCUAUCACUUUACAACUCUUUAGUAAUGUAGUAACAAUAAAAACAUAUGAUGAUUAGGAUUUAUUAAUAGAUAGUGGAUAAGGUGGUAAUAUUUAAAUGUUAUAUUUAUCAACAUUUUCAUUAACUCUCUCAUCAAGAGUUUCUUAAAUGAAUGGAGUCAAAAAUACUUAUACUUUCAAUAUUAAUUUUUAAGUCACUUAAAUAAAUGGAAUAUAUGUAAUAAUAGAUAUUCCAAAUGAUUUAUCUAUUGAUCUAUAAUCAUGUUAAUCAAUUUCUCCAUUGUAAACAAAUCUACCUUGUUCUAUUUCAAAUUCAAAAUUAUAAAUUCAAUUACUUUGUAGCACUUGCUCAUCUAUAAUUAAAAAUAUAGAUUAUAAGAUAUCAACAAAUUAAAUUAUUAAUCCUUCUUCUUUUAAACCAGUUACAAUAUCUAGUGCUCAUACAAUUUAAGAUUUAACAAAUGAUUUAACAAAACAAAGUUAAUUAAAAGAUUCAUUAACUAUAACUAAUACUUAAACUAAUUCUAUUAAAUCAUUUACUUAAACAUAUGAAAAUGGUUAUUUAAAUUAAUUAGAUAAUUAUUCAUUUACAAUUGAAGUUAAUAAUUAAUUAAAUGAUAAUUUUAAAAUAGUAAUAAAUGUUCCUGUAGAUAUAAAAGUAUUUCAAUCAACUGAGACAACUCCAACUAGUUUAUAAAAUAUUUAAAAUUUACCUAAUGAUGUUUCUAUUAGUAUAAAUUCUUAGAGUAUAAUUAUAACAGGUUAUUCUGGAUCAAAAAUAUCUACAUUUUCAUUUAAAAUAAUGAAUUUAUAAAAUCCAAAUACAGCAACAAUAAGUACUUAUUUUUCAAUAAAUACAUAUAAUGUUUAAAUAAUAUAAGAUUAUUAAAUGGAUACUAGUUAACUUGGUACUUAUAAUCAUAAAUGUACUUUACCAUGUAAAGAUUGUGAUUCAACAAUAUUAACUAAAUGUACAAAUUGUUAUGAUAGCAGCAGAAGUAAUUUGGUUUAAUCCAAGAUAUAUUUCAUGAGCAAUUCAAAUACAUGUAUAACAGAUUGUUAUAGUAUUGAUGGAUACUUUGUUACAAGUGGAGAAUAUAUUUGUAAAUAAUGUAAUCCAGAAUGUAAGAAAUGUAAAGAUGUAAAUUCAUUUUGUUUGGAAUGUAAUGGAACCUAUAAAUUUUUAAAUAAUAAAUGUUUAGAAUCAUGUCCAAAAACCUAUUAUAAUAAUUAAUAAGUAUGUUAGAAUUGUAUAAAUAAUUGUGAUACUUGUUCUAAUAGUACUACAUGUUCAGUUUGUAGUAUUAAUUUUUAUUUGUAUCAAUAAACAUGUGUUGAUACUUGUCCUGUGAAUAUUACAAUUACUAAUUAAUAAUCAUAGACAUGUGAUAUUUGUACAAAUAAUUGUUAAACUUGUCAAAACUAAACUUCAUAUUGCAUUUCAUGUAAAACCAAUUAUUAUUUAUAUAAUAAUACUUGCAUAUCUUUAUGUAAAGAUGGUACAUAUCUAAAUGGUUCUUAAUGCAUAGAUUGUCUCAGUAAAUGUAAAACCUGUAGUAAUGGAACUACUUGUGAUUUAUGUUCAGACAAUUUAUUAUUUCAUUUAAAUGAUUGUCUAGAUAAAUGUCCAGAUUAAUACUUUGCUAUUAAUGGUAAAUGUUAAUAAUGUAGUUUCUCAUGUAAUACAUGUGAAUCUAACUAAUUUCGAUGUACAAGUUGUGUCAAUAAUACAUUCUUAUAUAAUUAUUAAUGUAUGGGAUAAUGUCCAGAUGAAUACUAUGGUGAUAUUGAUUCUAACAAAUGUGUAUAAUGUAAAACACCUUGUAAAACUUGUAAAUCAAGUUCAUCAUGUUUAAGUUGUAUAACAUAAAUUCCUGUCUUAUAUUAUUACAAUAAUUCAUGUAACACUAAUUGUCUUUAAGAUUAUGCUCCUGAAAAAGGUUAAUGUGUUUAAUGUAGGAAUCCUUGUAAAUAAUGUACAACUACACCUGAUACAUGUAGUGAAUGUUAUCCUAAUACUUAUUUAUUAAAUUAAAUGUGUGUCACUGAUUGUGGAGAAGGUUAUUACAAAGAUAGCUAAUAAUUUUAAUGUUAAGUUUGUAUAGAUCCAUGUAAUACUUGUUCAAAUAAAACUAAUUGUCUUUCUUGCAAAGAUAAUUUAUACUUAUUCAAAUCCACUUGUGUUUCAAAAUGUGAAGAUGGAUAUUAUUAAUAGGAUUAAUAAUGUCAAUCCUGUUUAAAUAUAUGUUUGACUUGUUUGGAUAAUAUUAGUUGUGUUAAAUGCAAAGAUAAUUUAAUAUAGUAUAACAAUUAAUGUUUAACAUCUUGUCCAACCAAUUUAUUUGAAGAAAACAAAACAUGUGUAGGAUGUAGAACUCCUUGUUUAUUAUGUGGUACAUCUCCUGAUAAUUGUUUAUCAUGUGUUUCUACUACUUAUUUGAAUACAGAAUCCUAAUGUGUUAAAUAAUGUGAAGAUGGAUAUUAUGGAGAUCAAGUAUCAAAUAAAUGUUUAUAAUGUGUACCUCCAUGUAAAACUUGUAAUUCAAGCACAUCAUGUUUAAGUUGUGUUGAUUAAAUUCCUAUAUUAUUUUAUUAUAACAACUAAUGUAAUACAGAAUGUCCAGAAAAUCAAGUCCCUGAAAAUGGAACAUGUAUCAAUUGUAGAUAACCAUGUAAAUCUUGUAAGACAACACCUGACACUUGUUAUUCAUGUCUAAGUAAUACAUACCUUAGUGGUAAUAAUUGUUUUAGUGUUUGUGAUGAUGGUUAUUAUGCAGAUACUACUAUAAAUUAAUGUAAGUAAUGUAUAUCACCUUGUCUUAAAUGUUCAAGUCUUACUAAUUGCAUUACAUGUCUUUAAAGUUAAAUUAAUAAAAUUUUCCAUGAUGGUAACUGUAUAUCUUCAUGUCCAACAGGCUAUUAUGAAUCUAUUGGUACUUGUGUUCUUUGUACUAUUAAUUCAAAAAAUGAUGCUUGUAAUUCCACUGUUUAAGUUCUAGAAAGCAUAUAAACAGAUAAAUUCAUUCCGAUGCCAUGCACUAUCCUUACAUUAGUAUUCACUACAACUGUUAUAGUUGCCAGAAUUACUAAACCUGAAACUUUUAUUCCAGGUGCAGUAACAUCUAUUGGAGGUUUAUUUGAAUGGGGAAGCCAAUGUGUAUUAUUAUAUCUAAGUUAUUCAGAAUGGGGAUUAUUCAAUCUCUAAAACUAUAUUAUUAUGGGAGCUUUAGGAAUUAAUUAUUUACUCAAUUUUAUACAUUUAAUAUCAGCUAGAUGUGCAAUCUAUAAUGAUCCUUAUUUUUAAUAAUGGUUAAAUAGUAGACAAGUUAAUAAAAUUACAUAUGCAUUGAUAUCUUUUAUAGGUUUAAUAACUACAUUUAAGAUUAAUAAACUAUAUUUCUCUAGAUACUUUGGUUUCUAUUUCUUUAAAGCUUGUAUUGUAGAUAUUUAGAAAUUUCUUAUUUUCAAUAUCAUUUCCUUAUUGAGUAUUUUCUUAAUUACUUUGCCUAUGAUUGUUGCUUCAGCUAUUAUAUUAAACAAUUAUGAUGAGAAAGAUUAAUUGUAUGUUUCAACUAUUGAUUGCAUUAUUGUAACUUUUGUUAUAUUUAUUUCCAUUAUAUGGGAAUCUUAGAAGAAUGAAGAUUAUUUUAAAGAAAAUGGACUUCAAGCAUUAAAUUAUGUUGUAGGAUAAUCUUUCAUUGCAGGACAAUCAGAAUAAUAGGGAGCAGAUUAAUUAGGUGAAUAAGCAGAAGCUAAUUUUAAUGAUGAAGUUCAAAAUUAAUAAAUAGAAGAACCUUAAAAGAUUAAUUCUACAAAUAAUUAAAAGAAAUAAUUUUUAAUGAAAAAUAACUCUGAAGUUAUCAUACCUGGUAAAAAACAUAGUGUUGUUCCUGAAGAGGGACCCUUUUUUAGAACUCAAAAUAAUGAUUCAUAAACAAGUCAGUAAAGGAAAGACUUUGAAGAAUUUAUUUUAAAUAAAAAAGUUACAAAAAAUCCAGAUGAAUAAUCACUUAAUUUAUCUUCCAUUGAAGAAUAACUUUAACAUCCUUUAAAUGAAACUUCUUAAGAUAAAGAUUUCUUUCAUGAUUAUAAAGUAUUAUAAUUUCAAAAUCCAGAAGAAUUUUAACCAAAAUUUAUGUAAACUGAUUCACAUUAAGAUUUAAAUUUCUCUUCAGAAUUAGAAUGUAAUAAUAAUCUAAAUUUUAAAAAUAAUUAAUUAAAUACUCCAUAAAAUAUUACUACUAAAAAUGAUAGAUUUAAAAAAAAUAAAACUAUUGAAAUUGUUAUUGAUAAAAUUGAUAUUGAUAAAAAUAAUUAAGUUUAAGAUAGUUCUGAAUCUAAAAGAUAAAAUAAUGAUUAAGAUAUUCUAAAAUAAAAAUUAGAGGAAGAAAGAUUAAAAAUUUAAAAAGAAGAAGAAUUAAAGUUGGAAUAAUUCAGAUAAGAACAAAAAUUAAAAGAGGAAAUGUAUCAAGAAUAAUUAAUAUAAAUAUAAUUAGAAAAAUAAAGAAUUGAAGAUGAAAAGAAAUAAUUAGAAGAAGCAGAAAGAAUUAAGGCAAAAGAAAUAAUAUAGGAAACUUAAAGAAGAGAAAGAGAAAUAUUAUUAGAAAAAUAAGAAAAAGAAAGAAUAUGGACUUCUUAAUUAGAAGAAUAAUAAAGAUAAAGAGUACUUUAAGAAUAAAGGGAAUUUGAAUUAAAAUAAGAGUUAGAAAGAGAAAAACAAGAAAAAAUUAAGUUUUAACUUUAAUUACAAGAAAAAUUAUUAAGAGAAUAAGAAUUGGAAAAAUUAGAGAUUGAGAAAAAAAAUAAGGCUGAAAUGGAAAGACUUGAGCAAUAAAAAUUAGAAGAAGAAUUAAGAAUAUUUAAAUAAAAAGAAUUUGAAUUACAAAAACAAUUAGAAGAAUAAAUAAAAAAAGAAAAAGAAGAACAUGAAUUAAGAGUUAUUUAAGAGUAAGAAAAGUAAAGAUUAUAAUAAGAGCUAUUAAAAAAAUAAGAAGAAGAAGAAUUAAGAUUAAAAUAAUUGGAAGAAAUAAAAUAGUAAUAAGAAUUAUAAUAAAUUUUAUGGAAGGAGGAAGAAUUAAGAAAAUAAUAAUAGGAGGAAGAAGAAAAUUAAAAAAGAAUUUAAUUAUUAUUAGAAGAAGAAGAAUAAUAAAGACUUAAAAUUUUAUAAGAGGAAGAAGAAUAAAGACUUAAAUUAUUUGAAGAAUAAUAAUAACAAAUGUUAGAUUUUCAGAAUGAGGAUUAGAAAAAGUAAUCACUAUAACUUAUUGAUUUUGAGAAUGAGGACAAUGAAGUUUCUUAAAGAAAGGAUGGAAAUAAAAAUAAAAAACAAAUAUUUUUAUAAUUAGAUGAUUUUGAACAUGAGUUUGAACUUUAAAAGAAUUAAAAAUUAAAAAGUGAUUCAGUAGAAUUUGCAGAGGAAAAAAUAAUCAAUUAACAUGAUUAAAUUGACUAUUAAAAUUCUGAUUAUAUGAGACAAUUUGAUAUGAAUGAUCCAAAAGAUAUUUUUUAACCAAAGAUUUCAUCUAAAAGUAUUAGUGUUAAACAUUCUUAUAAUAAUCCCUAAUAACUUCACAAAACUAUUCAAGAUUAACCAAACUCUAGAAACCCUUCAGUAGGUCAUCAAUAUUAAUUUAUUCCUAAAAAGAAAAAUUCAAAUAUUCCUUUAACUAAUUAAUAAAUUCCUAAAAGAACCUCAAAAUCCUCAAAUCCUCAUAACAUUAUAAAUCAGUAAACCUAGAAUAAAGGUUAAGGAACUCCUACCAACUACUAGCAAAAUAAUAUCAACUUUAUUGGAAAUGCUUAUAAUACUUUUGCCCCUAAAACUGCUUUAAAUAAAGAAAAAGAUGAACGUUAUUUGAGAUUAAAAGAAGAAAUAUAUCUUUAACAUAUUCCAAAUUAUUAUGAGAAAUAGGUCUUAGAAGAUUUAAAGAAAAAGAAACAAUAAUAACCAUAGAAAAAAAAUCUAAGGUCAAGUUAGUAAAGAUAAUUUGAAGUAGCUGAAGAUCUUCAUUUGGAUUUCUGA